AUGCCUCUUCUCGGUCGUGAUAAAGCUCGUCCCAGAUCUCGCAGGUCGGACGAUGAGUUCGUCGUAUUCCUUCAAGGCAUCCCACCUCAUUGCCGCUGGCAAGAGCUCAAGGAUCUCGUUCGCCAAACUGCACUGCAUAUUCGUCAAGCAGUAGUAUACGAUGAUAGCCAUGGAUUCCCCACCGGACUGGGCCAAAUCAUCGUCAAAAAUGAAGAAGAGGCCUGGCGAACGUACCAUCGACUCUCGACCUGCGGAUGGGACGGCCAGAGCCUGGUCGUUACACUCGCGCGGACCAGUACGCCCACUAAGCCCAUUGCCGGGCCUACCAGAAGUCCAGCAAUGAUGCCAGGCUACAUGUCUGGCCACUCCACGCCUCCAUUAGUCCAUGGAAACAUGGCAAUGCCUCCGUCACCUGUCUCACCAGAUACCAGUGCCACAAGGUUUCAUGUCUAUGAUGCCAGAUCCACACGCACCACCGAUGCAGUGUUUCCCCCAUCCCCAGUAAUGAACACAAUGUACGAGCCGUGGAACAUGAUUCCAGGCUACCCGAUGUCCCCUCCACACAUGCACCACAGCGAUACACCCCCACAGCCCUACCAGCACUACCACCACCGUGGAUCUUCCGCCAAAGGCACGAACCCCAGUUCUCCGUCUUUCUAUCCAGACCGAAGAGCCAUCACCAUCGAGAACUUGAACGCAGGUACCACAUGCGCCGACCUGAAAACCCUUCUACAGACAGCCGGCACUGUCCAGAAAUGCAGCAUAGUGACUACAGACUCGGCCGAUGGCAAUGGCCGGCUGCGCGGCUGGAUCACCAUGCAAACAGCAGACGAAGCCCAGUGCGCUGUGACCAUGUUCAAUAAUAUGAGUUUCAUGGACUCGCGGAUUAGGGUCAAGGUUGAUCGUGGAUCGCAUCUCACGCGGGCUGUAAGUGUUGAUGGGGUGUUGGGUGCUUGUGCUGGUUCAGACACCGCGGGCUCGGUGCCGGGAAAUGGGGAUACGUGUCAGUCGUGGGCUGAUGAGAUGACUUCUGAGGCUAAUACUGUUGAUGUUUCUAAGCCGCUGGUUAUAGAUGGGUCUGGGUUGAAUAGGUCGGCUGAGGUUUUCUCGACGUCUGCGCCUACGUGA